CCAGGGGAAACUGCGGCUUGCGCCACGAUUAGCAACUAAUAAAUAGUGACGGUAGCCCCUCUCUCCUCCUGUCUAUCUCCGCCACCCGUCAACUUCUCAGACUCCAGACUGCCGAGCCAGGAAGAUCGAGGAUGGAAUAAAGAUAUGACAGGGAGAUACGGCCAACAGAAACAGCGGUUUUCUCUCGGCACUAUGUUGGUGAAGUCUCAAAGAAUAUAAUACUAUCUGUCCGCGAAAGGUGCAGUGUUCUUACAAUGAACAUAAUAGACGCGCAUAUUUCGGAUUAUCGUGUAUAGUGACAUUUCAUUUGAUAUUGCAGUGAGUAACUUCAAUUUUCAAAUUUAAAGCAUUAUUCGAAAAGAGUUUGGAAGAACACAUUUUGUCAAGAAACGCAGGAAUGCGUACGGCAUACCAUAACACUAUGACUUCUCCAUAAUCUGAAACGCACCGAAAUGCAGUUAUAUUAUAAUCAAAUAUUUUAACUUUUCAACAAAUCAAUGACCAAUCUUCAGAGUAAGUUGACUGUGCAAGAGCAUUGUAUAAAAAAAGAAAAGAAAAACAAACCUUUUAAAAAACGUAUUUUUAUAUAAAAAGGGACACCUUCCAAAAAUCGGGAAACAUCAGAACGUCCGUUUCAAAACGCUAUGCCAUAAAAUCUGUUGUUUUCUUACUUCAGUAAGGAUAUUUUACUGAGACAAGCUCAGAGAAAAGUUCUCACUUGAAUCAAGUCAAAAUCUUUGCGCUCCUUCAAAUAAAACAACAACAACAACAACAAAAUAUUUUGUCAUUCGAGGCGGAAGAGUUGUAUUGACAUGUGAGCAAUUGUGCGCGUGUUCGUGUUCACAAGCUUCUAGUCGAGAUUUCUGAAAAAGAAAACUCUGACGUCUCUCUGACCAUGAUGAACGGACUCCUACAAAUGGGCUCAGGCCCUGCACAAAUGCCGGCAGCUUUCAACCACCCUCACCACCCCCACUACAACAGCAGCAACCACCCCCACCACCACCACCCGCACCAUCCCCACUUCGGACAGCUCUACCAACAACAACGUCCAUCAUUUGCCAUCCAAGAGAUUCUGGGCCUGGGAUGUCGCCAGCACACAUCUCCUUCCCCCGUCGGGGGAGACUCCAGUGGUAUCAUGGACCCCUCAGGGGCCCUUUCUGGGGUUCCCAACAGCCUUAGCGGCAUGUACUUCCACGGAGGUCACUCCGGCACCCAGGGCCUUCAGCCUGACCCUUCACAGCCCCAGACGGGCUACCCUACAGGACAUACGCACCCUCACCCUCACGGACACCCCAACCCUGCGGGAUCUGGGGGGUUGUACCCCUGGAGGUUCGACCUGACCCCCACAUCGUCUCCCCAAAGUCUGCCUCCACCCAGGUUCCCGGGGGUCGGCAGGCAUGGAGAGGAGCUCAGCUUCGGCUACAAACACAAUAUUGCUGAUGAGGAACUAUCUUCACAAGCUACCAGCUGGAAGAACUAGAGAAAGCAUUCAAGGACGCUCACUAUCCAGACUUGUAUGCUCGGGAACUGUUGGCGCUCAAAAUCGACCUGCCUGAGGACCGAAUACAGGUGUGGUUCCAGAAUCGGCGAGCCAAGUGGCGUAAGACGGAGAAGACUUGGGGGAAGAGUUCCAUCAUGGCGGAGUACGGCCUGUACGGUGCCAUGGUCAGACAUGCACUCCCGCUACCAGACGCCAUUGUGAAGAGUGCAGAUCAGGGUAUUGAGAACUCGGCCGCGCCGUGGCUGCUAGGCAUGCACAAGAAAUCUCUGGAAGCAUCUAAAAAAAUGAGCGAGGAGGAUGAUGACCUUUCGGGCAGCGAGGCGGCCCCAGAGGGCAAAGGUCGGGUCAAAGAGGAGAGAAAAACAGAGAGCAUCGCCACGCUGAGGGCUAAGGCGCAGGAACACAGUGCCAAGGUACUUCAGGCGCUGAACGUUGACGGCGAAGGGAAAUACGGCGAUAAAGGAAAUAGUCCCGAUCUCAAACGUCACGAACACAUGAAUCCGCUGUCUCGGGCAAUGGAUAUGUGCUGACGUUUCCUUCAGCUCAUCCCAGAGAAUGAAAAUGACUCAGGUCUCAAGACAAUAAUAUACAGUUAAUCUGUGGGAAAGCAACGUUAUUUCUUCUGAAAAUCAGGGUAGUUUACUGGUGAACAGUCUGGUGUCCUAAAACAACCCAUUUCGUUUUGAGAUGUGCAUCAACGCUGUGUGGACUCCCAAGUGAGACCAAAGUGCGUCGAUACGGACUCAAAACAUUCACGGCUUUAGAGAAGCUUUUACACCAGAAUGAAGUUUCUUGAUAUUAUUAUGGUUGCUGAAAUGUUAACAGCUUUGUCGCAGCAUCGAAGAAGAAGCCGCACAGUUUAUUCCAAGACAUCACAGCAGCCUCUUGGGAGACGUACGUUCUUAAAAACAUUGUUACGUACAGGUUAAACGUUUUGUCUCCAAAGGAAAAAGAGCAUGCGGGAAAGACUGUGUUCACUGUGAGAUACUGCAACAAGCCCGCAAGAGAACUUUAAAAUAAGGUUCCCUCUAUCGCGGACGUUUACUGUACGGCUCGAAUUCUAAAGUAAAGAAUUUCUGAAGGGUUGCGGAGCCACGUCAUGUGCAGUAAUGCUGCCGA